GCUGCUCCUUCCCGCCGAGCGUGUGGCGCCCCGGCCGCGCCCGAACAUGCGCUAGGCUGGGGCCCCGGCCUCCCGCGGCGGCAUGGCCCGGCCGGUGCAGCUGGCGCCGGGCUCGCUGGCGCUGGUGCUGUGCAGGCUGGAGGCGCAGGAGGCGGCGGCGGGCGCGGAGGAGCCUGGCGGGCGCGCGGUCUUCCGCGCCUUCCGCCGCGCCAACGCGCGCUGCUUCUGGAACUCGCGCCUGGCGCGCGCCGCCUCGCGGCUGGCUUUCCAGGGCUGGCUGCGGCGCGGGGUGCUGCUGGUGCACGCGCCUCCCGCCAGCCUGCAGGUGCUGCGCGACGCCUGGUGCCGCCGCGCGCUGCGCCCCCCGCGCGGCUUCCGCAUCCGGGCGGUGGGAGAUGUCUUUCCAGUGCAAAUGAAUCCAAUAGCUCAAUCUCAGUUUGUACCUUUGGCUGAAGUUCUUUGCUGUGCUGUAUCUGAUAUGAAUGCUGCCCAGAUUGUGGUGACACAGGAAUCACUGUUGGAGCAUUUGAUGAAACACUACCCAGGCAUUGCAAUUCCAUCUCAGGAUAUUCUCUAUACCACUCUGGGAACUCUGAUUAAAGAAAGGAAGAUUUAUCACACUGGAGAGGGAUACUUCAUAGUCACCCCUCAGACUUACUUCAUCACAAAUACAACCCCUCAGGAAAAUAAGAGAGACCUGUCAGAUGAAAGUCACCCGGUGCCAACUUGCGUUACGUAUCUGGUGAGCGUAGCCAGCUGUGCAGAACUAGCCAAAGGAAAUGCUGCCCCCAUUUCCCAUUGUCAGUCUUGCCGGUGUUUCCCUGCCCCGUGCACCCAGGACGUAGAGGCGACACCGGCGGCUGCAGAAAUGGCUAGAAAAGGCCAGAAGGGUCUUCAGGAAUCCAGAUCUUUGGUACAGAAUCGAGCGGUUUCAGUAUCUGAGGAGAAUCACAUCUGUGAAAGCGCCAAACCGUUACCAGACACAAAAGACAGAGAAAAAGGCAAGAAGUUUGGCUUCAGCCUCUUCUGGCGUAGCCUAUCCAGGAAGGAGAAGUCCAGAACAGAGCACAGCAGUUUCUCUGCCCAGUUCCCACCAGAAGAAUGGCCUGUCCGAGAUGAAGAUAACUUGGACAAUAUCCCUCGAGACGUCGAACAUGAGAUUAUCAGAAGAAUUAAUCCCAUUCUGACCGUUGACAACUUAAUCAAACAUACCGUCUUGAUGCAAAAAUACGAGGAACAGAAACAAUAUAAUAGCCAGGGCACUUCCACUGAUAUGCUGACGAUGAGGCAUAAAUAUCCUUCAAAAGAGGGAGUGAGGAACCGGAGGGGCCGGUCUGCAAAGCCUCGAAGAAGGCGGGGCCGUUCUCAGAGGGAUAGGCACCAAGCCGGGAGUCCGGGAAGCGAGCCUCAGCCAGGAAGCAUUAGACUGGAGAAACAUCCCAAGCUCCCUGCUCCCCAACCGACCCCCAGAAUUAAAAGCCCAAAUGGAGCAGUAGUUCAGAAACCACUUGAUGAGAACCUAUCAGUGCUGGGGUCCCAUUUGAUUUACAAGAAGCGAAUUAGUAAUCCUUUCGUAGGUUUUUCUCCCCGGGGGAUCCCAGUAACCAAAGGGCACAACAUCCAGAAGACCAGUGAUCUGAAACCCAGUCAGACUGGACCAAAGGGAAAGCCUUUCCCAAGGUCAAGGUCUUUGGAUUCUUCAAGAAUCUUUGAGAGUGAACUCAAAGAGCCACAUGCUGAACAAUGUAAAGAUGAACUGAUGGCAGAAUCCAUUUAUAUGAAUAACUCUGCCGUCAAACCUAUCAGUGAUGACUUCAGAGAUCCCCUCUUAAAUUACUCUCAAUGUAGUGUUUCGCAAAAUGGCAGUAAAUGUUCCUUUCGGGAAAGCAUGUUGAGAUAUGAUGUAUAUGGUGGAAAAAACGAGGUAAUCCCUGAAGUCUUGAGGAAAAGUUAUUCUCCCUUUGACACAUUAGGGGAAGCCAAAGAAACACGGCAUGUCCUGCCAUCACAAGGACAUCCUGCCUCCUCUUUAGGCCAUGCCUCCUCUGCUUGUAGAAUAGUUGAUCAAACAAUACACCAGUUCCAAAAUCUUGGUCUUCUGGAUUACCCAGUUAGUACGAACUAUUUGAGACAACCUGAGAGACAAGAUGGAGACUUAGAAGAAAUACCAAUGAGAAAGGCAUUUGUCCCGGAAGCAGAGACUGUGGAUCUAGAAAACAAGGGGCUUUCUGAUGAUAACCAGGCUUUGUAUCAGAAUGAAUUGGAAGAUGAUGAUGGUGCUUGUAGUUCAUUAUAUCUAGACGAGGAGGACUUUUCCGAGAAUGAUGACUUAUGUCAAAUGCUGCCUGGCCACGUUCAGUAUUCCUUUGCAGGGAGAAGCAAGUGGAAUCAUUUGGGGAAACAGAAAGUGACUGAAAUAUCUCUGACUGAGUACAGCAACAAAAUAGACAGGUCUGAGCUUCAGGUGCUUGAAGGAAAUGAGUGUUACAAACCCACUGGGUUUUUCACUAACCCAGGUGAAAGCCCAACACCUAAUCUCUCUGCUGAAAGCGGUGGUCUCAAUUCAGGGGCUCAGUCCAGUUUUAACUAUGAAGAGGAACCCAGUGUUGCUACGUGUGCCCAGACCUCAGCAUCUGCGGAUGGAAGUAUAUUUGAUUACUAUAGCACAAGGAAAGCCCAUUCUGAGACUGAAACCCUCCAAGACUCUGUUGGUGACACAGGAAAGAAACCAGCUAGCUGGAGUCAGAGUGCUCAGAAUCAGGGAAUGAGAAAGCAGUUCACACAAAAGUUAGAACUUUUCAACACUUCACUUAGGCCAGUGUUGGCUCAGGAUAUCCGACACGAACACAGUCAUUUGGAAGGAACAGAAAAUCAGAGCAUGGCAGGAGAUAGUGGAAUAGAUUCUCCACGGACACAGAGUCUGGCAUCUAAUAAUUCAGUCAUUUUGGAUGGACUAAAAAGAAGACAGAAUUUUCUGCAGAACUUUGAAGGCACAAAGAGCGGUCAAACACUCGCAUCCAAUUCCUUACUACAACUAACUCCAGUCAUAAAUGUUUAAUUCUUAUUUUUCUUUUGUAAACUUUUUGGUAAAAAUAUCCAGAUUAAUAUAGACUAUUUUAAUCAGCUGAGUAUAUAAGAAUUCUCUAAAGCCGAGCAUAGGUGCUGUUAAUCUCAUUACAUAUUUUGUUCUAGUUGCUGGCUUUUUUUCCUUUUUGAUGUUUUAAAGCUUUUUUAAAAACUUAUUUUACUAUGAAUUUAUUGGGAAUAUAGAGAUUUUUUGCAAUUAAAAAACCAUAAAAUCCUUAGUCCUUUUCCAAUUAAAUGUAAUUAACUCAAAUUUUCAGACAUUCAUUAGUUUCUCAAAUACAUAGGGUUCUAAUUUACUAUACCCAGUAGUGAAUUUCUCUACCCAUACUAAUACUGAGUUCUUAUGUUAAGGAUCUCACCAGAUUCAGCACAGAAAUCCAGAUAAUAGUGUGUUAGGGUUGUAUAGAGCCUUUGUUUGCAACUAAAGUCUUUUAUCAUUAUCAGAAAAUUUAUAUAGUUGUAUUGGGUACUUUGCAACAAGAAUUUUUUCUAUCCAAUCAUUGCCACCAAGGAUCUUCUCUGCAACCACCUUGAACAUGAACAGAUAGCCCCAAAUUGUACUGACUGGCAAUGUCCAAAAUACCUCUGGUAGCAUCUGGGUCUACUAUUUUUCUGGUUCCUCUUCAUAUUUGAGGCACUCUCUAUAGCAUGGCAGUGAGAAGUGAGGAUGUUCUCAGGUGGUGGAGAUAGAAAGGAAGUAGAAUGGUUGCGGAAUGGUUUGUGAGUGAAAGGAGGUUCUGAAUUAAAGAUUUAGAGAAGAUGGAAGAUGGAUGAUAGUUCAUUUAUAUUUGAUCUAUUUCCACUAAGACUUGGAUAGCUUUGCUGGAAUUUUUUCUGGCUGGCCUUUUCAAGACCAAGUAGUGGAAUGGUCAUUUCUCUUGGGUUUGGGAAACAGGGAGCAGACAAGCCUGGUUUCGGCAUAUUGGACAGAUGCUAAUGCUGACUUAUGGUUGAGGGGAUGUUUCUCCUAAGAGGUUCCUAAGGAUUGUCAAGGCCUUAAAUCUCAAGCAUGAUUGAAUAACUGGAGAGUGCCUCUUAAUUCUCACCAUCCUGGUAACAAUGAAGGCAAGAUGAAGCUCAGCACCGUGGAGAGCUGCCUCCAGGCACUGGGGGAGUGUAGAGGAGGGGAGAUCAGAUACACUGCUGGGUUUUGCAGUGGUUGGCCCAUUCACUUCUGUUGACUUUUAGUGGCUCUGAGCAACCUACCAUGGCAUCCAAGAAGAUCAGCUGUGGUCACAAGGACAUUUGAAACUCUGGACAAAGUAUCAAGGAUAAUCUGUAUAGCAAAGGCUUAUGGGGGAGGCAUUGUUUUAGGGGGAGUCUUUAUAGCUUGGAAUCAUCAUCAAUGAAUCAAAGACGAUUUCAGCUCAUUUAAAGAACUUUCCAUUAGUCAAAACUAUCUAUAGAUGAAAUAAACACGUUUUUUUAAAAAAAAGACUUUAUUUGACAGAGACACAGCAAGAGAGGGAACACAAGCAGGGGGAGUGGGAGAGGGAGAGAAGCAGGCUUCCCUCCAAGCAGGGAGCCCGAUGGGGGGCUCUAUCCGAGGACCCCGGGAUCAUGACCUGAGCCGAAGGAAGAUGCUUAACAACUAAGCCCAGGUGCCCCGAAAUAGACACUUUUAUAAAUGAAUGAACUUCCUAUUAUUUAGGGCACUCAGGCAGAGGCUUGAUGAUCUUUCAAUUGGUAUAUUACAGAGGUAUUUCCAGUACUUAACAGGAUAGCUGAACUAGAUGAUUUUAAAGAUUCCUUCCAACUGUAAGGUUUUGUACUUACAGAUUCAGUGAGGGUUAUAUGUCAAUUAUAUCGCAAGGAAAAAAAAAAAAGUUUAAGUGAGGAUCCUGCAAAGUACUGAACUCAUACAAGAUUCCUGAGUUCUUCCAGUUCUCCACUUCUGUCCUAUCCUUGUCAGUCCUUGGAAAAAGGAGCAACAACUCUGUCCUAACUUUGAUUUUGGACCUGGACAAAUUUCUCUAUUAGAGUGAGGAAUCCAAAGUUUUUUAUGGCUCUAGUCACACGUAGGGACCAAUGAAAUCCAUCUAAUUUUGCCGCUAGACGCACUAUAACACUCCCUAAAUGUAUUAAACAAAGCCUAUUAUGAAACCAAUAAAACUUUCCUUCUACAAA